AUGGUGGACUCGGAUCUGAGCUCUGGAUCAUGCAGCAGCUCCAGCUCUGACUCUGUCUUGAUACGCGUGCCGCUGGAUCAGAAACGACGCAAGAAAUUGCGUGCGCAGUUGCAAGAAGACCAGCGUCGGCAACGUGAACGUCAGUCGUCUUUUGCGGCUUCUUCAAGUCAAAAAGCGCGCUCGAAGCCACUCAAAACUGAGCCAGACAUUGAAAGGAUUAAAGGUGAGCACAUUUGCGUCGUCUGUGAGCAAGAAGGUGACGAUCUCGUCGUUUGUGUGGGUCCCUGUAUCUCCGCUUUUCAUGUGGACUGUCUACCGACCAAUAGCGGUGCUGUUGAAGCUCAGAAUGAGGCCUGGUUGUGUCCAAACUGCAAGAACAAGACCCACGCCUGCUUUCAUUGCAAACGGACGGGUAUUGAGAUGCUAGCAGACGAUACACCAGCCACAACGAGCUCUGAAUCUAUAAAGAGACCCGUUCGUAAAUGCCGUGCACUGUCAUGUGGUAAAUUCUACCAUCAAGAGUGUAUCACACAGUUCCCAUUGGCCAGAAUCGCUAUCAACACGCAUUUCAUUUGUCCAUUGCACACGUGUGCAGGCUGCAAUCAAUCGGGUGCACAACAAGAAGCUGUGAGGUGCAUGAGGUGUCCGGUGGCUUAUCAUGCGCGUUGUUUGCCGUCGAACUGUGUGCGGCAGAUCUCGUCCAAGUUGAUUAUCUGUCCGAAACAUGGAGGGGGAUCGAUAGAUACAGAGAACAGGAUAGAGUGUGAUGGUGUGGAGAAUGAGGGAAAAGUGGCGAUGAAGAAUACGGUGUAUAAGCACGUGAGUGACGUGCAAGUGCAGCAGACAGAGAAUGAGGACGAAGUAAUGUCAGAAGCAUCGGUCGUCAGUGUGAGCAGUGCGAGGAAGAAGGAGAAGAAGCGAGAAAAGCGUGACAAGAAGAAGAAGAAGAAGAAGAAAAAGAAAGACAAACAUGGUGGACAUAAUGACAAUAGGGAUGAAGAUGGUGGUGGAAAGAAGCGAAAGCGAAGCAAGAGAGAAUCACUGGAAGCAAGUGGAAGUAGUAAUUGUCAGCGUGCGGGUAUGGGUAGUCCUUUGACUCCGUCUAGCCGCCGCACGGGCCUUACAGUCGCUACAUCAUCUAUUCGAUCUGCAGAAGCACGGGCAUCUAGAUCACCGACGUCGUCAUUGGCGCUUUUUGAUAGUCCUACGAUGGCUACUAAGCGGAUACAAGAGCGUCUGGAAGAGGCAUUAGGACAGAGCGACGAUGACGAUGAUGAUUCUGAUUCUGAUGCCUCGAUGUGCAGUCCCUUGUUAAAGAAGAAGCGCUCUAGCUAUCAUAAAAGUAGCAAGCAGAGAGAUUUUCGAUCGAUGUCUCUAAGUGCGAAUUGGGUCGUGAAGGAGGAGCGCUCUGGUUCGGGUGCAUCAUCGAUGAUGGACCAAUAUGAAGCCAACGAAGCGACCAAAUACCUAGUUUCUUCCUCUCCGGUGCCAGUAAGCCCAUCGGGUGAUAGAAACUCAUCAGCAGCUCGAUCGUCUGCAGAGGAGGAUACACCACGGUCGAAAGGCAAACGUAAGAGAGAUCGGCAAGCAGGAUAUAAGGAGGAUGCUAGCGUUAUCCUGGAGCAACUACAAUCUACUGAAGGUACUAUGAAGCUAGAAACUCCGAAGUCACCAUCAUCCAGUGCACUUAUCCCAUCGUCAUCGAGUGUUGCGACAGCAAGCUUGGUGCUCAAACAUAUACCUAGUGAAGACGAUGAUGACGGCAAUGAAGGUGCUGCUGAGUCUGCGACGUCGCCUGCGAAUGCAACACUAAGGACCGUUAAGGCCAGCAGUUAUAGUAAGAAGAGGAGGAAGUCUAAGGCAAAACGAGAAGUACAGCGCGUGCAAAGAAGGGUAUCUAGUGAAGAGGAGGAAGAAGAAGGGACCGAGGCGAAAUGGGUCCAAUGCGACAGCUGCAAGAAGUGGCGGACAGUGCCGAGAGAUUUUGAUUUGGAUGCCAUGCCCAAGCACUGGUACUGCAACAUGAACACAUGGGACGCACGAUUCGCGUCUUGUGCCGUUGCUGAGGAAGUGGUUAAGGAAAACCUGUCUCCUCAAGCAGGCAAGAGAAGAUACAAACUCAAGAAUUCCAAAUCUGCAGCACGUAGUGCAGGAGAUGACGGUGGCUACUCUUCCUCGGAAUCAGGUCCCUUGAAAAGGUGCGGAGGAUCUUUCAAGAAAUCGAUUUCCGACAUGACUAUGCAAGAAGAAAAGGAUAAAAGCUCUAGGUCGAAAAACAAGGACAAAACGACUAAAAAGCGCAAGAUUACGAAACAAAUUAAGGAGAAAUACCGCGAGGUCAAAUGGGUCCAAUGCGAGAGCACACAAUGUGGUAAGUGGCGCAUCGUCCCAACAUCGAUUGAUUUUGAUCGGUUGCCAGCGGUUUGGUACUGCCAUCUCAAUACUUGGGCUCCUGAUCUAGCCAAGUGCAGUGCACCCAACCCCGCGGAGGUUGAUGUGUUUUUGCUAAAACAGACGAAGAAGGAAGGCCGCCCAUCCAAAAAAGCAACACGGGCGUCUUUAUCGACAGGAGACGCAGCAUCAGCAAUAUCUGUGUCGAUUGCUUCGGUUGCUUCGGAUGUUUCGGGUGUUUCGGGUGUUGGCAUGACACCGACAUCUCCUGUUAGUGAUUUUACAAACCUUGGCAAAUUGAAGCACGGAAAAGGCUCAAAUGUGGCGUUGUCAGGGUCAGGAAAUGUAGUGUCAAUUAUGGAAGGAAUCAAGAACGGCAAUAGCAACAACGUAGACGGCGGUGGUGUAGGUCACUCUACGAAAGGAAGAGGAGCGAGGGGGCACAAUAACAAUAGCAGCGGGAGUUCUAGUGGCAUCAAGAAAACAGUGCUGGAGUGGGCUCAGUGUGAAAAGUGCAACAAGUGGCGCAAGUUGCCACAACAUAUUAAAUCAUCGACUCUACCCGAUAAAUGGUACUGCUCAAUGAACCACUGGGAUCCAACACAUGCUAAAUGUAGCGUACCGGAGGAAACAGAUCAGGAGCCUCUACCUCUGCCACCUCACCCGGGUUCGCAGUGGCACAAGGGAGGACACAAGGGCCAGCGUCCUAGACGAGGCAAGCUGAGCUAUUCGGAACUGCUGUAUGGUAGUACGGGGCAACUACGGAAGGCAUACACGGAAGAAUCUUCUAUAUUGUCUUUUGAGUACGAAGGCGUGACAUACCAUCGCGAUGGUCAGUAUAAACACAGCAGCAUGUAUGUGUCUCCAGCAGCGAUGGAGGCGGCAGCUACGAUGGCAGGGUGGAGUGGCAGUGAUCGAGUGAAGCGAGAAACUACCUGCAGUCAUGACGCUGCAAGGGGCAGCAGUUUAAUGAUUAGUGCCGUAUCAGCAGUGAAUUCUCAGGCGAGUGUCGAUCAUGUGGCUGCAUUAAUACUUGAAAGUAUGGAUUUACGUCGACGUCGCAGUGUUUCAGAGCUCUUCAAUGCUGUCAAUUCAGGAAACGUUGCAUCAGAAACUGCUCCGACUGGCCUCGCAUCGUUGGCAGUCGUCACUGCUGCUUUGGGUCAACUGGAACAUCGUGGCUUGGUCGUGAAAGUGACCGAACUAUCCUCGGAUAACGAAGAAGAUGAGCCAUCUAGAGCAGAGGCGCUUUUUCAUGGACCAUUUUCUUUGCCUACUCAUUACCGCAAGGUGCCUACGAGGCCUUUGAAAGCUUCUAAAUUCUGGAAGUUUGGCACCAACGUUGUGGCGCUCUCACCAGUAAAGGAUGCGUAA